GCAGGUGAAACUCCUACUAAUGGCAUUGUGUGCAGUGGUGUCCUCUUUCAAACAACCACUGAGCACUGAGCUGGAUGGCAUCUGGGAGGAGUGGAAAACCCAACACAGCAAACAGUAUUCCAAGGUUGAUGUGGGCUUCAGAAGGAUGAUCUGGGAGACAAACCAAGGCCUCAUCUGUCAACACAACCUGGAGGCAGAAAUGGACAAGCACACCUUCACUCUGGGAAUGAACACGUUUGGAGACAUGACAAAUAAAGAGUACAAUGCCUUGCUGACUGUUAAUGCUGCUGAGGUGGAGAUAGCCUGGAUGGGAUCCCCCUCUCUAAGUGGAACUGCAGUCUCUCAGCAGCUCCUGAGACGUGGGACUGGCGUCAAUAUGGAUGUGACUCCAGUGAAGAACCAGGUGGGCCCUUGUGAAUACCAGAAUGCAACAAAGGAAGCCUGGUGCAAGGGCUUCAACAGAGUUCCUUCUCUGGAUGAAAAAGUGUUUCAAGACACUUUGUAUGAGGUUGGCCCUAUCACUGUGUCUGUGAACGCCACACAUCCCUCCUUCAAGUUCUACAAAGAUGGUGAGCUCGGUGUCACCUAUGAUUAG